AAGCUUGCUGGCCUUUGCCUUUCAAUUAUUUGUCCGAAAAUUUUGUUACCUGCCAUUUUCUUUUUUAAAUUUCUGCUCGUAUUCGAAAGUUUGGACCCACCAUGAUUUACCUUUCCUAAUAAACUUUUUUUUUUUAAUAUUUAUAUACAAGCAAUCAAGAGCCUUUUUUCCAUGAUCCAAAGCGGAACCCAUCUUCUUGGAGAGAUCUCGAGAUCACAGGGGGGGAAUAAUUAUGGAGAGAAACAGUAGUAUAGAGAUGGAUAAAGAGAGACUGACGGCGGAGAUGGCUUUCACAGAUUCUUCAUCCGCCGUUAUCAGAAUCCGGCAACGUUUGCCGGAUUUCUUAACGUCCGUCAAGCUCAAGUACGUGAAACUAGGGUUCCAUUACUCUUGCAACCCGGCGACCAUUCUCCUGUUUGCCGUUAUCCUACCGUUAACCGGAGCGGCCCUGAUUCAGCUGACGGGUAUAGAACUCAACGCACUCUCCGACUUCUGGUCUAAUCCAGCGGUUCGGUUCGACGCAGCGACAAGGCUAACCGGUUCGGUUUUCCUCUGCUUCGUCUUGGGUCUCUACCUUGCCAAGCGACCAAGACCGGUUUACCUCGUGGACUUCGCGUGUUACAAACCGGAAGACGAACGGAAAAUGUCGGUGGAGUCGUUCUUGACCAUGACCGAGGAAAACGGAGCGUUCAACGAGGAGGCGGUUCAGUUCCAGAGGAGGAUCUCGAACCGGGCCGGUUUAGGAGACGAGACGUACCUGCCACGUGGCAUAACAUCGAGACCGCCGAAGCUGUGCAUGUCGGAGGCACGUGCCGAGGCCGAGGCCGUGAUGUUCGGAGCCCUAGAUGCCCUCUUCGACAAAACCGGAGUUAAACCGGCCGAUGUCGGGAUCUUGAUAGUGAACUGCAGCUUGUUCGUGCCGACGCCGUCCCUGUCGGCGAUGGUCGUGAACCGUUACAAGAUGAGAGAAGACAUCAAAAGCUACAAUCUUGGAGGAAUGGGAUGCUCCGCUGGACUGAUCUCCAUCGAGCUCGCCAAGAAUCUCCUCAAAGCAAACCCUAAUGCUUACGCCAUCGUUGUGAGCACAGAGAACAUCACUUUGAACUGGUACUUUGGAAACGACCGGUCAAUGCUUCUCUGCAACUGCAUUUUCAGGAUGGGUGGUGCGGCCGUACUCCUCUCCAACCUCCGAAAAGACCGGUCACGGUCCAAGUACGAACUCGUCCACCUCGUACGGACCCACAAGGGCUCCGACGACAAGAACUACAACUGCGUCUACCAGAAGGAAGACCAGAACGGAACAGUCGGAGUAUCGUUGGCUCGUGAGCUCAUGGCGGUGGCCGGAGACGCGUUGAAGACAAACAUCACAACGUUAGGGCCGCUGGUCUUGCCCUUGUCGGAACAGUUCAUGUUCUUCAUGACACUGGUGAAGAGGAAGUUCUUUAAACUGAAAGUGAAACCGUACAUUCCGGAUUUCAAGCUGGCGUUCGAGCAUUUCUGCAUACACGCAGGUGGAAGAGCAGUGCUGGACGAGGUGGAGAAGAAUCUGAACCUGAGAGAUUGGCACAUGGAGCCGUCCAGAAUGACGUUGCAUCGGUUCGGUAACACGUCAAGUAGUUCACUUUGGUACGAAUUGGCAUACACAGAGGCAAAGGGUCGGGUGGGGAAAGGAGACAGGCUUUGGCAGAUAGCCUUCGGAUCUGGUUUCAAGUGUAACAGCGCCGUUUGGAUGGCGUUACGGUCUGUGUCCGCGUCCGAGAUGGCGGGUAACCCCUGGGUCGGUUCGAUAGAUAAUUACCCGGUUAAGGUCUGACAAAGACUCGAUUAUUAUAAUAAUAGUUCGAACCGGAUGGUGUAGACCGCCAGCCCAUGAUAUUGAUUCAUUACAUACUCUAUAUAUAUAUAAUAUGUUACCAUUUCUAUAUUGUGAAAAGGAAUUAAUAUUGAAUGUUUGGCGUGUUUACGUGGGAAAAGAGUGCGGUGAGUUUGUUGGAAUUUGCUGAACUAAAGGGGGAAAUAAUCUAA